AUGAUUAUUUCAGAUAUCUUUAAAAUUCAUACAUUCUUUAUUUUUAUUUGCUUAUUCACAUUGGUCAAAUCAGUACCUACAUGUCCUUUAACUCAAAAUGAUGCCGAAGAACAGCAAAAAUAUAUUAUACAAUUUUCCUCAGCAAGUGCAACAAAAAAUUUCUCUACAUUGCUAAAUCACUGUAAUAAAACAAUUAAAACUAUUGUGGACUUUUCUAAUAUUCAAUCGGAUUUGAAGCAUAAUGGAAUUAUUCAAGACGUUAGUUUCGGAAAUUUUUAUGCUUACAUCGGAUAUUUUGGAAGUAGUGAUGUGGAUGAAUUAAUUAAACUUAAUGGCAUUAUUAAUGUCGAGAAGGAUUCUUUAAUGGGCAUUCAUAUUUUAAAAAACAAAGAUUCAUCUUAUGGCAUUCAAACUUUAAAAGAUAAAAAUUCAUCUUCUUGUCUUAGUACCAGACAAAAUCCUAAUCCUAAUUUAGAUCGUAUUGAUCAAGAACACUUUCCAUUAAAUGGAGAAUAUAUGUAUCCUUCUACCGCUGGCAAUCAAGUAAAAGUUUAUAUUCUUGACACAGGCAUUAAAACUGAUCAUGAUGAGUUUGGAGGACGAGCAACAUUCGGUACGACUAUCUGCGAAGGUUGUUCAGCCACAGAUGACAAUGGUCACGGAACACAUGUUGCAGGAAUAGUUGGAGGUCAAAAUUUCGGUGUAGCAAACCAAGUAUCUCUAAUCGCCGUUAAAGUUUGUACCGCUAACGGAACUUGUUCAACCUCUGAUGUUAUUUUAGGAUUGAACUAUGUAUCAACACAAUAUUCAACAAGUUAUGACAAUAAAGCUGUGAUCAAUUUGUCAUUAGGUGGUCCUGUUUCAAAUUCUUUCAACGAUGCUGUUAAUUCAAUAACAAAAAUUGGUAUUCAUGUUGUCGUUUCUGCUGGAAAUAAUUAUCAUGAUAAUGCUUGCAAUUACUCUCCUGCAUCUGCACUUAGCGCUAUAACAGUUGGUGCUACUGAAGCUACUUCUGAUAAUGCAACUGACUUUACAAACAUUGGUUCAUGUGUUAGCAUUUUUGCUCCAGGUCGUAAAAUCCUUUCUGCUGGAAUAUAUAAUGAGACUAAUAUACUUUCAGGAACCAGUCAGGCAGCGCCUCAUGUUACAGGAACAAUUGCUUUAGUAAUUGCAAAUACCGGAAAUUUAUCUCCAUCUAAUAUGAAAGAAUUUAUUAUAAACUUGGCAACAAAAAAUAUUUUAACUGAUAUUGAUUCUUCCACUCCAAAUAAUUUCUUGCGCGUUCCAUAUACUUGCAACAAUUAA